CCGACGUGCCUCCGAAUCUGCUUCCUGGAUCAUCGUCAUCGGCAUCAUCGUCUACUCGAGGAACAAUGGCGUUUAUUUUAGACUGCUUUGUGAUUCGAUGUGGUUGUGAACGUUAUGUUUUUUUCUUUUCCGAUUAGACCGUUGCAGCGACUGAUUUUUGUUGUCGUGUUGUGGUGAACGAACUAUGUGUUUUCCAAGUCUGAAGAGAAGGAGAGGAAGAAGUUCGCUUGAAUCCCGACUUGCAGAGCGCGCUCAGAAUUUGGUAAUUGUGGUGGAUGCCGACUGUAUUGGAGUUGUUUCGGAUGAUCGCGUGCAAGUCACUGGAGUUUGAGAUUUAGCGCGACUCGCGACUCGGAUCAUGGCGGAGGGUGCUCACACUUGUCUAGCAGGGUUGGGAGAGCCCUGGCUCAACAUUUUGGUUUCUCGUAUUGCUGUUGCAACGGUUGGAUUCUUGUGCGCUGAAUGUCGUCAUAGCUUUGUAUCCGUCGUUGACUCUUGAUUCAACUCUCAGCAUAGGAGUUGCAGGAGUCGAAUGAGUGGACUUGGGUCAGGGGAUUGCGGAAGCACGGCAGUUAGACUUGUAUUGCUUGCAAUUGCUGUGUGGUUCAUGCGUAGUCGUAACAGAUAGCGAUAAGACGUCUUUUCUCGCCUCUUACUUGCGGUAGAUAGGAAUGCUAUUUGUUAGGCCCUUACUGAGGAUCCUUAAAUAGAGAUUUGAGUUCAAUUCCCAAGCUACUUGGAGAUUCCCACAAAUUUGCACCUUCCGGGAGUAUAUAGGAUGAAGGUGAAGUUGACUGCGUGGUGCAUUUGGUAAUAGUCUGGUAGAAUGAAAGUCCAUGUUAAACGCUGGUCUCCUUCAUCCCUUUGGACUUUGCUCCGAUGCUAGCGAGAAACGAUUAUUUCUUCAGUACGCAGACAGGCUGUGUGAAUUGUCUAAUUUCCUCCUGUGAGUACUCAGGGACUGAGUAGGCACAAAAUGUGGUUUGCAGAGACAAGGUGCUAGCGAGACCAAUUCUGUUGAAGUUUAAUGGGAUCUCACUUGCUAAAGUUUGGAAUUGAGUCAAAUUCGCCAGUCUAUGGAGUACAUGUUCCCCAAAAUCCUGCUCACACUCGUUCUCGUCUCCCCGAAGUCUAGAGCCACAAAAGUUUAGGCAUUGUUACGCACACCUUAGCUAGAGUAUGAAAGCUGCUUGGAGCGUUGCUAUUGAACCCAAAAAAUUAUGAAGUGUCGGCUAGCAUUCAGACUCAUCUGACAAUUGCAUUAUUUAGCAGAUGUUUCUGUCUACCCGUCCUUCUGUUUAGCAUCGAAAUUAUCACAGGAAGCUUUGUGCAUGCACUGAAAACUUCACACACUCCUUGUAGGUUGCUUCCAGACUGGGCAAGGCGGGGCUCACCACUGGAGUACUGUAAAAUAGUCUUCUUUUCUUGUCUUUUGGACCCCCUUGUGUACAUGUGUAGAGGCUAGCGAUCAAUCCGAGUUGGCUGCUAAUGCUGACGUGGUUCUGUAGCUCAAAACUUGUGGCUGAUGUUUGCAGGUUGGUACGAGCGUGGAGUAGAGUUUGUGUUCCUUUUGUGAUGCAAAGUCGCUUUUGAUGCUAAAUAUAGCACUUAUAUCGUCAUACUUCUGCGAAUUUGGCGUAUGUUCUGGCGGGUUAUCACUGGCUAAUCUGGAGCUGGUCAGAGGUCCUAGUAAUUAUGUUCGGCGACAGUAAUAUUUUUUUUCAACCGGAUGUAGUGUAGUUGAAGGCAGGAUCCUUCUUGGACUCUCACAUGUUGUAGCCGUCUGGCAAUCCUUUAACAUCUUCAGCAAGUUUUUAGCGCCAGUUAUGAAUUUGAGGCGUCAGUCAUGAAGGAUACAACAAAUUCCGUGUAUCUUAACGAGCUUGAUUUGCAGAAUGGGGCAGCAUAUGAUCACUCGUCAUGCUGGUCCCAUCCUCUUUGGCAAUCCUCGUUAUCUAUCCGCCACCUCAAGCAUCCCACUCACUGGCACGAUGUUCAGUGUGGGAAAACCCCGCGCACACCAAGAGUAUCGUUGGGGACCAAACACCCGGGAACCCCAGGAAAAUUUGUGACGACGGAGCCGACAGGGUCUUGGGGUAGACGAAUUACGAUUCUCAGCAUUGAUGGUGGCGGUGUGCGGGGAGUUAUACCUUCAACUAUUCUUGAAGAACUCGAAGCUUGCUUGCAGGAAUUGGAUGGCUCAGACGCGCGUAUCGUGGAUUAUUUUGACUUAAUAGCUGGAACUAGUACGGGAGGGUUGAUUACGGCGAUGCUUGCUGCUCCCAGCAAAGAAAAUCCUAAACGUCCCAUGUUCACCUGUCCUGAAGUCACUCAACUCUACAAGAAAUUCGCAACUAGAAUAUUCCCUCGACCAAGGGGCCCUUUUGGAAAAAUUCGCAAAAACUUGAAAUCUCUUACGGGGCCAAAAUACCAACCGGAUGAUUUGGAUAGCCUCUUAUUGGAGUAUUUCGAUGAUAACACGUGGCUUAGAGGCAUGCUUACGAAUGUGAUCAUCCCUGCCUUUGAUAUCAAGAUCCAGCAACCAGUAUUCUUCUCGUCGGCUAGGGCGCAAGCAGAUCCGCUCGAAAAUCCGCCGUUGCGAUACGUUUGCCGCGCUACUUCGGCAGCACCCACGUACUUUCCACCUGUUAGCUUUACGCUCAUCGAUCAAUCACAGAACGUUAGCAGGGAAUUCAACAUGAUUGAUGGCGGCGUCGCUGUGAAUAACCCGACGUAUGUCGCGAUUACUCAAGCCAUCAAGGAAGUUCGUGCCGGAGGAAUGUGCUCGGAACGAGUAAAGUACCAGGGGUAUGAUGAUCUAUUGGUUCUAUCGCUGGGAACGGGAAAUGAAGUGUCGACCUUCGACUCAGACGAAGUUGCGAAAUGGGGAGCAGUGAAGUGGAUGGUGCAUGGAGGCGAAACUCCGCUGCUUGACAUGGUAUUCAAUGCAAGCUCAGAUAUGGUGGACUACAAUCUUAACAUCGUCUUCGAAACUCAAGACUCAUCUAAGAACUACUUGCGGAUAACGACAGAUAACCUUGAAGGUUCUGCGAAGUCGCUCGAUGACUCGUCGCAGUCGAACAUGGACUCGCUGGUGAAGACUGCGAAAGAACUUCUAGAUGAGAAUGUUAAAGAGCGAAACUUCAGUACUGGGAAACUUGUAGACAUCCCCCAUGGUGGAAAAAAUAGAGAAGCUCUACAGACGUUUGCCAAAUUUCUAUCCCAAGAACGAAAAGCUCGAACUAAGUCGCCUCCUUCAACGACGCAACCCGCUGCCGAGCCAGCCGCUCCUGCAAGCUCUCCACCAAUCGUAGCUCCCACAACUGAAUCCAAAUCCGAACCUAAGGCAAAAACCAACAUCGAACCAGCACCUGCCAAAAAGAAGCCCAUCGUCGACACGUCGGAAGCGACAGACUUCGCAAAGCUUAUAGGGCGCGCACCACCCAAAGACCAGUCCAAACCCAAACCCGAAUCCGGAUCAGUAAAGCCGGAUUCAAAUGAAAAGCCACCCACAGAGCCUGCUCCAAGCCUGGCCGCUGAGGCGAAAGUGUCUCAACCGGCCCCUGAUUCAGCUCAACCAAAAACCGCCGUGGAGAUGGUGACAGAAAGUCAGGUUGAGCGGCAAGAACGCGCAUACGUCACGUUCCCUUAUUACGCAUCCCAGGCAUUCUUUGACAACCCCUUCGAAUCAACAACAACAACAGCAAUACACGGCCAGAAUAUCGUCUACGACGCACCGCAAGCCUUCUAUGACCCGCAAGAGCCACUGUACUCCAAUUACUCCUACUCACAGCCUGAGUCCUACCGUGAGUCCUACUCUGAGUCUCAACCAUACCCACAGUCUGAACCUUUCUCACAGCCGUCGUUCUUAAAGUCGGCCCAUUCUGGAUCGACAUUUUCUGAAUACAAUGACUCUAACCAUAGCUCAUAUACAUACUUCGAUGACUCGUGUCAGUCGUUUUAUCCCUCAGUGCAGACUUCCAGCUCCAAACCAGCCAGUGGGUCUACACGAUACGAGGAUUAUUUCAACAUUUUCUCCUAGGCGGGAAUUGGAUGUUUCACUACAUUGCAAACAGACGUUAGUUCUCGUGUAAACAUCUGAAUCUCAGCAUGCCGAAGGCGGAAAAUUGUGUUUGGCUACUUCUUGCAGUUUGUACGAGUCCGCUCGUUUCUAAUCGAAGAUAGCGCUAAUCGCAGCUUACACUGGAUGUUUUUAUUAGUGAAGUUGAUGGGAAAUUGUUGCA